GGCGAUCCAAAAGCGGCGGCGGCGGCGGGGAGCUCGGUGGCAUGGCGAUGCGGCUGGCGGCGGCGGCGGCGUUCGUGCGGCGCCUCGUGCCGGCGCGCCCUCCGGUGCUCUCCGCCUCCGCGGCGGAGGCGGAGGCGGUGACCUGCGGGCGCGGGGACAAGAAGACCAAGCGCGGGAAGCGGUUCAAGGGCUCCUACGGGAACGCGCGGCCGAAGCGGGAGAAGAAGAUCGAGCGCAUCAAGGACCGGGUCGAGGUGCCGCGCUCCACCCCGUGGCCGCUCCCCUUCAAGCUCAUCUGAGCUCACCCGAGCCGAGCGAGCUCCCGUCGGUUCGUGAGGCUACCUAGGGUUUUUUCCUCCCUCCCUUUGCGAUUGCUGGUACCUCGUGCUUCACUUAGCUCCAACUCGUGCCCACGCUUGCGUGGGCUUGCGCCUUUUAGUUACUCGUAUUGGGCUGUGUCAGAUAUGGAUUGUCGAAUCGAGCUCUCAUAUUACAACAUUGUAGAAUGCAGUCCAUAUGGACAAAAAUAUUACAAUGUUUGUUUGUCCAA